ACCAGGUCACUCGCGUCACAUCUGUGUCGGUGCUGGGCGCGCUCCCCGCCGGGGACGGACGGUUGGUGCAACUGGAAAGCGAGGCGUUUUGUUUUCUCCCGUGCUCCCCCUCCCGGGGAAGGGGCAACGAGAAAUCGAACCCACACGCAACGCGACGCCUCCACCCGCUCGCCUAGUCCAGAAUCCAGAUCCAGCGCCCGCAUCUCUCUCUCUCGCGCGCGCGCGCGAGCGCGAUGAGCUGCCGCGACGGGCGAUCGUGCUAGCGGUAACAGCGAGCGGUGCGCGAGGGCGGAGUGGGAGUGUGGAUCCGAGGGGCGGCAAAUCUGGCAGGCGCCGCGGUGGGGCUGCGGGCGCGGGGGAGGGCGGGGGGCUGGGCGGACGGCGGGGAGGGAGGGGAGGACUGCGGUAGGCUCAGGCCCUGGCGCAGGAGGCUGCUCGCGUCCAUGGCGCUCUCGUGGUCCUCGGCCCUCCGCCUCGCCGUCGCCGCCGUCCUGCUCGUCGCCGUCGUCGUCGCGCUCUUCACUCUCCCCAUCGAGAAGGAACUACUUGCAUCCAGCUCACGGCAUUACCUGCCCUGGUAGCUUUCAUCUUGACUGAGAGAAUUUUUCUCUGUAUACAAUGUGCUAUGGGAGCAUGGGUCUAUGGGAAAUAUAAGAAACUAUUCAGAGUCAGGAGAGUUUGAUCUGAUCCAAGUUGAGUGCCAUGUUUAUUUUGAAGGACUUUCUGGUUUGGAUCAAGGAGAAUUUGGGUCCAUGGGGUCCUUUGGUGUUGGCCCUCGCUUACAUCCCUCUGACAGUCUUAGCUGUUCCAGCAUCAAUUCUUACACUUGGAGGGGGCUAUCUAUUUGGCUUGCCAGUGGGGUUUGUUGCUGAUUCCAUUGGAGCAGCAAUUGGUGCGACUGCUGCAUUUCUGCUUGGCAGGACGAUUGGGAGGUCUUAUGUUCUCUCCAAAUGCAAAGAUUACCCUAAGUUUCAAGCAGUAGCUAUUGCCAUCCAAAGAUCUGGCUUCAAGAUCGUGUUGCUACUAAGGCUUGUACCUUUACUUCCGUUCAACAUGUUGAACUACCUGUUAUCUGUCACUCCUGUUGGUGUUGGAGAAUACAUGCUGGCUUCUUGGUUGGGAAUGAUGCCAAUCACUCUUGCUCUGGUGUACGUUGGAACAACACUAAAAGAUCUAUCAGAUGUGACACAUGGGUGGAGUGAGAUCUCGACUACUCGACGGAUUCUGAUAAUAUCUGGUUUUGUAUUAUCUGUGGUCUUGAUUAUCUGCGUCACAAAAAUUGCAAAAUCAUCUCUGGAGAAGGCAUUGGCUGAGAAUGGAGAGCUCCAUGUAGGAACAUCGCAGCUUCCAGGUGUAACCUCUCCCUUGGAUCUGCAACAACCUCUUGUAAUCAAGAUUGACACAUCAAAUGAAGACCACGAGAAGUAAAAGUGUUGUGUUUACAAUCUCAGAUGUAAAUUCUUUGGUUGUUGAGUCGGUAGACUGUAUAUACACCCAUACUCUGGUGAGGCCCGUAAAUGGGUAAAAAAGACAUCAUCCCCCCUUCCAAAAAAGGGAAUGAAGUUUAGUUUACUGAUAGGUUAUAGUAAUACGAUAUGCGCUUUGUUUCA